UCCCAAUGCCCGGUGGGUUGUCUGGGAGUCCCUUUGGGGGCUGUCUCCAUAACUCCCCGUGCUGUCCCUGGGGGUCUCUGGGGACACCUGGGGGGGAGGCGUCCGUGUGGGGGUGUGUGUCACGUGACACGGGCAGCAUGGCGGCGCCCAUGGGGACCGGAAGCGGAAGUGGCUCCACGGAGGCGCCGCGGGGCAGCUGUGACGCUGGCCCUCCUGAGCCCCCUCCCCACCAUGUUCCUGCUGCCCUGCUCCGCACUCGCCCUCCUCCUCCUCAUCUGCCUGGCUCUGGAGCCGCCCCCGCGCCACCCCUCACCAUCCAACCCGGCCUUCCGCCUCUUCCAGCGGGAAUUCCUGCUGGGAUACCUCCCGGCUCUGGCUGCAGACUGGCUGCAGGGCCCGCUGCUGUUCCAGCUGCUGCAGAGACGUGGCUUCCUGCGCAGCCAGAUCGCUGCCCUCUACUCCUGCGGCUUCGCCUCCAAUGUCGCCUUCGGCCUUGUCUCCGGUGUUUUUGUGGAUCGGCUUGGCCGGAAAAAGUCCUGUGUGUUGUCCUCGGUGCUGUGCUCCGUGUCCUGCCUGCUGCAGCUCUCCCAGGAUUUCCUGGCGCUGGCAGCUGGCCGGGUCCUGGCAGGGCUCGGCACCUCCCUGCUCUUCUCCGCCUUCGAGUCCUGGUACAUCCACGAGCACCUGGAGCGCCAUGACUUCCCGGCCGAGUGGAUUCCCAACACCUUCUCCCGCGUGGCCCUGUGGAACAGCGGCCUGGCCGUGGCAGCCGGCCUGGUAGCCGAGCUGCUGGCUGAGGGGCUGGCGCUGGGUGCUGUGGCCCCAUUCCUGGUGGCCGUACCCUUCCUGGCAGUCUCGGGGAUCUUUGCUGGGAAAAACUGGGAUGAGAACUACGGGAAGAGCCGGCCCUGCAGUAAGGCUUGUGGGGAAGGCCUUCGGGGCCUUCUGUCCGACCCCCGGGCGCUGCUCCUGGGGCUGGUCCAGGCCCUCGUGGACAGCAUCCUACUCAUCUUCGCCUUCCUUUGGACACCUGUCCUGGAGCCACAUGGGAUCCCGCUGGGAAUCGCCUUCUCAGGGUUCACAGCUGCCAGCGCCGCAGGCUCAGCCCUGUUCCGGCGUGGUGUCACCGGGAGGCUCCGGCUGCAGCCACUGCGGCUCCUGCCCGGCUCCAUCCUGCUCCUGGCGCUGGCCCUUCUGGUCCUGGCACUGCCAAUGCCGCUGCCUGCCACCGUUGACUUCCUUGCCGUGCUGCUGCUGCAGCUCUCCUGCGGGAUUUAUUUCCCGACCAUGGCGUUCCUGCGGCGCCGGCUGGAGCGCGGAGGGGACAGGGCGGGAGGAGUGCGGUGGCUGCGGCUGCCCUUCAGCCUGGGGGUGUCACUGGUGCUGCCAGCACUGCCCUGGGACCCUGCGGGGAUAGGGCGAGUGUUCGGGGCUGCGGCCCUGGCGGCGCUGGUGGCACUGGGGGCAGCCGGGGGGAUCCUGGGCACCACCCAGGGGGACGAGGGGCUGAGGGUGGGGGAUGAGGGGCUGCUCGAGGGGGACACCGUGGAGUGACAAGUACACCGGGACAGGGACGCUGGGUCAGCUCAGCAGGGACACCUGGGUGUGAGGGGGAUACUGGGACGGUUUGAGGGGACACCAGGAUGUGACAGGAAGCCUGGGGUGUGACGGGGACAUGGACACUGGGCUCUAAUGGGGACAGAGACACGGGAAGAGCACGUGGGGUCGCCAGACAGUGAUGGGGUCACAAUAUCACCCCCAUGCUGAGCUGUGAGUGACAGAAACACUGAGACACCCCGUGGUGGGUCACACCCUGUGUGGUGGGUCACAGUGUCACCCCACAAUGGACUGUGGAUGAUUGGGACACCUCCUGAGGACACUGAACUGUGGUGGCUCACAGUGUCACCCCACAAUGGACUGUGGAUGAUUGGGACACCUCCUGAGGACACUGAACUGUGGUGGCUCACAGUGUCACCCCACAAUGGACUGUGGAUGAUUGGGACACCUCCUGAGGACACUGAACUGUGGUGGCUCACAGUGUCAUCCCACAAUGUGGGUGACAAUAACACUGGGAGACCGUGAUGAUGACAAGGAACUGUGACAGGUCACAGUGUCACCCCUAUGGCUGAGCUAUGGAUAACAGUGACACCGGGACACCCCACUGGUGACAUUAAGCUGUGGCGGGUCACAGUAUCACCCCCAUAAUGAAAUGUCGGUGACAGCGACACUGCGACACCCUGACGGUGACACAGGAGCUCUGGGUGACAAUAUGGGGAUGCCCCCAGGUGACACCCAAGUUGUGACAGGUCACACCCGAGCUGUUACAGGUCACAGUGCCACCUCCUACAAGGCACAGCAGAGGGGACAUGGGGACAUCAGGCCAGGUGUGGCCUGUGACUAACCCCGUGUGGUGUCAUGGGGGUGAGGGUGUAUUAAUUAAUUCAUUUCUAAUAAACCCACCCAAUAGA